UACAUUUUCAGAUCAUAAUUCACACUAAUUAACUAUGAAGUAUUUUUUUAUACUUUUAGCAGAUUUUAUGAUUCUUGUCAAUUCUGAAUUACAAGAUGUCAAGUUCCGCCCAAAUUUUCCACUAGGAGAAUAUCGAUUACAUUUCAACUCUAUUCAACGGUGUAAUCAGAAAUGCGCUAUUCAGUUUAAUUUUUAUUUAUUCAAGACAUCUAGAACUAAAGUUGAACUAAGAGGAAAUAUGACGUCUGCAAAUAAGGCAUUUGAUGAUAGUUUAUGGUUUAAUGGUGCUAUGUCAGUAAAAGAUAAAAUUGGUACAUGGCAAAAUAAUGCGUACGUUUAUAAAUCGCCCCAUGCUUACAAAACUUUAAAAAAAAUUCUUGGAGGUGAAUUUAAAUUUUUUUCAAAUAGCUUUGGACUCAAUGACACAGAACAAAAUUCAUUUCCACCGGGAACAUAUGUCACCAAAGGUUAUGAUUUAUCGAACUAUCCAUCAAAUACAAAUUUGCCAAAACAAAUUUUUUAUGGAACUUACAAAUUUAAUAUUAAUUAUACGGAAAAAAAUGGCGAUGUAGUUGCAUGUUUUAUGGUUUUCAUUGAUGUAAAACGUCUAUGGGAAUCGGAAUCGGAAUGAAUUUGUUAUUUUAUGCUUAGUGUUGGUAAUUUGUUAGAAAUAUACGUUAAACAUUUAAAAAAAAAAAUUAAAAUUAAAAAAAAGAUUCAAUUAAAUGGUUUUUUUGAUAUAAUUAUGUUUAUCUAGCUUAUAAUUGUUAUUACAGAGAUAUUAUAAUUUCCCAAAAAAUAAUUAUAAUCGUAAAUUUCAUAUGCCUAUAAAUAGAUCAACGUGAGACGAAAUAUUUUUAAAAUGUUAUGGUUUAUAGAAAAUUCUAUAAUAUAUAAUAUUAUGUAAAAAUCCAGUGGACAUUUUAUGUAUCUAAAAUCUAAGGUAAUUUUUUUUAAAGUUACACCUGAAACCAAAAUUGAUUUUGUUAAAAACCGGUAUUGCGUGAAAACUGCCGUUUUUCCUUAGUUGUUUUUUGUUUUUUCUGGAGCAUUUACAAACUAAGUCUAAAUUGUUGACCUCCCAAAUUUACCUAGAUUCAUUUUCCUACUGAAAAAAAAAUACUAAAAUCGAAUUCGAAGCAUUUUUUCGAACCUAACCUAACCUUGUAGGUAAAUCGCAAUGAAUAAUACUUUUUGUUCUGAAGUCCAGCCAUUAAUAUGGCUUGCUUUAUUGUACUUCUGGAUAAAUAAGUGUACACUUUCAUUAAAAGCUCCCGAAAAUUUGGUCGGUUUAUAAAAUGGUAGUCUUUUAGACAUGUUCAGAUUUUUGUGUAUUAAGUUUUAAAAUUUUUACGAUGUUCAUUAAGUUGUAUGAUACAUUUUUAUUUGCUAUAUAGAUAUGAAAUUUAGGUUUAUAUUAUAACAUAUACGUUUGUAAUAUUUUGAUUUAUUAUAGAAUGGAUAGUAUAAUAUGGUUUAGCGAUUCAGUUAUUUUA